UGUUGCAGCAGCCAGCCUCGCGGUGCCUAAAGGGUUAAAAAACGUGAACAGGAAGUUUAUCCCGGGCGUGUAUAAAGACACUUCCGGUGCUCCUCUUGAAAGCAACCCAUUUAGAAACAUUAAUGGCGUGACGUUAGAUAAACUCAAGAUACACGAAGCUAAGAACCAGCAGCACAAGAUGAACUACGUACCGGGCACGGCCAGCCUCAUCGACGACAUCGACAAGAAGCACCUGGUGCUGCUCCGGGAUGGAAGAACUCUGAUCGGCUACCUCAGGAGCAUCGACCAGUUCGCCAAUUUAGUUUUCCACCAGACAGUCGAGCGCAUCCACGUGGGGAAGAAGUUUGGAGACAUCCCCCGAGGAAUCUUCAUCGUGAGAGGAGAGAAUGUGGUGCUGCUCGGAGAGAUAGACGUGGAGAAGCCCUGCGACACGGUGCUGCAGCAGGUCUCCAUCGAGGAGAUCCUGGAGGAGCAGCGGCUGCAGCAGCAGGCCAAACAGGAGACGGAGAAGGUCAAAACCGCCGCCCUGAAGGACCGAGGCCUUUCCAUCCCCAAAGCCGACAACUUGGACGAAUACUGACCCUCCCCCUCGUCCACCAGCCUCUUUCUCACUUUGUCUCGGACUGUUUUUUUUACGUUGGAUUUGAGUUUAUGAGAGCAUGAGUGAUUUUGUUUUUGUGGGUGCGAGGCUGCAUCAUGCCGGGCCUGCUCGCCGUUGUGUGCUGUGUGAAUCUCAUUUUGAAUAAUUUGUAGAGAGAGAGAGAGAGAGAGAGAGAGGGGCGGGGGGGGGGGAACAAAAAGAUGUUACUGCUGCUCUCAGUUCUGCAGAAAGAAUCAUGUGUCUACGUAACACCACUCUGUCUCAACGUAACUUAGCAUUUAUUUUACAGCAGCACUUUCUAUUUUGUCUGUGAUACGUUGAGCCUUUUUAUUUGGAGAGACGUGUGGGCCCCGCUAAUGACAAAAACUACAUGCUAUGCUCCAUUAAAGAGUUUAGUUUUUCAUUAUUUCA